UGCCUUUGCAGCGAGAGUCAUUCCUAUUGAAAGGCAUUCAUAUAGAGAGCUCAGUUGGCCUCUCAAGAGUUUGAGCUGGGUUUGGACAGCCCGUUUUCCCUCUGUUUGGAAAAGUGGAAAUUCCUGAAGUCACUUCACUUCAGGUUUCUGUUGGGGAUCUAAACAUGCAUGCAGAGACUUUGGUGAACUCCGUCUUACUUUCUAUGCUUUUGAUUUUGCUCUCUGGUGUUGAAGAAACUUUACUGCAGUCACUGAGGCAGGUGGGUGGAGAGUGUAAGAUCUCCGCCGAAUCAUCACAGAGGCGCUGUCGGACCUCCGACGGGUUGAUCUGUAGUGGGAGAGGCGAAUGUGAAUGUGGGAUUUGCAUAUGUCAGGUCACGGAACCCGGAACGUUUUAUGGACCGCGAUGUGAAUGCAAUGAUUGGGUCUGUCCGACAUAUGAUGAAAAGUGGUGUGGAGAUCACGGACUGUGUAAAUGUGGAAAGUGUUUUUGUGAUGAGGACUGGUUUGGGGAAUCUUGUCAGUACCAAGAAGAAUGUUCCCUCUCCACCAAAACAAGCAAAGACCUCUGCCGAAAUGCCCAGGGUGUAGUUUGCUCCAACGCAGGCACCUGUCACUGCGGCAGCUGCAUGUGCAAAGACCCAGAUGGGAAGGGUCUGAUCAGCGGACGCUACUGCGAGUGUGACGACAGCGAAUGUUUAGAUGAAGACUCCGGAGAAGUGUGUGGAGGCCAUGGAAAGUGUUACUGUGGAAACUGUUACUGCUCGGCUGGUUGGCAUGGAGAUAAAUGUGAAUUCCAGUGUGACAUCAGCCCAUGGGAGAGUAAACGUAGAUGCACAUCUCCAGAUGGCAAGAUCUGCAGCAACAGAGGGACAUGUGUAUGUGGUGAGUGCACCUGCUAUGAUGUGGAUCCUUCAGGAGACUGGGGAGACAUCCACGGAGAGACCUGCGAGUGUGACGAAAGAAGUUGCCAUGCCACGUAUGACAGAUACUCGGAUGAUUUCUGUUCAGGUCACGGCCAGUGUAACUGUGGCAGGUGUGACUGCAAGGAGGGAUGGGCUGGGAAGAAAUGUGAUCAUCCUCUCUCCUGUUCACUCGCCAUUGAGGCCAGUCUGAAGAAGUGUCGAGGAACCUCCAACCUGCCCUGUUUCGGCAGAGGACAGUGUUCAUGUGGCCAGUGCACCUGUCAUCCACCAGGAGAUAAACGCGUACAUGGCAAGAACUGUGAGUGUGAUGACCGGCAGUGUGAGGACAUGAACAGAGAGGUUUGUGGAGGCCAUGGCUUCUGCUCGUGUGGCCGCUGUAUCUGUAGUGAUGGAUGGUUCGGAAAGCACUGUCAGUUCCCCCGCAGCUGUGCUAUGACGGACGAGCAGAGCAAGAGCCAGUGCGAGACGACCGAUGGCGUUAUAUGCUCCGGAAAAGGCUCCUGUCACUGUGGCCGUUGUAUCUGCUCGCCGCAGGAGUGGUACGUUUCGGGAGAAUUCUGUGAAUGCGACGACAGGGAGUGCGACAAACACGACGGGCUGGUUUGCACAGGGAACGGAUUGUGCAACUGCGGAAAUUGUGAGUGCUGGGACGGCUGGACAGGAAACGCCUGUGAAAUUUGGGUAGGAGAGGAGUAUUAAACCCGUUGGACAUUUAAAGACUGGUUGUGUUUUUAAUCCACGCUAAAGGAUGGAGAAUUUAUUCUGGAGGAGAUCUGGGUUUCAUCACAAAUGUUUUUAAUAACAACUGUGUGGUUUCAUCAGCACUAGAUGAACAAAACAGAUGCAGGGUUUUGUUUUGUUUAAAGGCAGAUGACUUUUAUAAUCCUCAAUAGAUUUCUAUGUAACUAUACAGAGGCGGAAAAAAUUAAGAGACCACUCCUUUGGACCACGUUUUUCCAUUUGAAUUUUCAGUAAAUAAAUGCAAAUAAAAACAUUAUUUUAUUAGGAACUUGGCAGAAAUAUUGUCUGCAGUUGGCAGAAUGAAAAUUAUAAUUUUACUUAAUUAAACACAUACAGCAGGUGAAAUAAGUUGAACAUGUCACUAUUUUUCUCAGUAAAUAUAUUUCUAAAGGUACUAUUAACAUGACAUUUUCACCAGAUGGUCAAAAAUGGUGACGUGUUCAAUACUUAUUUCACCCGCUGUACAUUCUUAUAAACAAUCAAUUUGAAAAAAUGUGAAAAAAUCUUAAAGUGAUCCCUUAAUUUUUUCUGUGUCUGUAUAUGAAAUAUAUGUAUAAUGAUGCUUAUGUAGUCUGUUGACAGACACAAGUAAAAAGAGAUCCAAGCAAAUCGACAUAAUAAGAACAUUUGAUGAUUAUUCUGGAUGUUUUUCAGAGCGCUGACUGUGUGCUGUUUAUAUCUUUUAUAUUUUUUACAGCAAGUUUUCAUUUGAAAUGUGCCAUGUGAAACACUCUUAAGUUGUAAACAGCCUGUUGGCAAUAAAUAUAACCUGAUCUGAGAUCAUCUAAAAUCUUUAUAUGCAAUGAAAUAAACUAAUUUUACAGUGAA